CUCUGGGGGCCGGAAGGGGUUAAACCUCAGGCUCCGGCGUCGCGGGAGAAGUUAUAAUUAUUCACAAUGUUUCCACUGACUGAGGAAAAUAAGCAUGUGGCCCAGUUGUUGCUCAGUACUGGUACCUGUCCCAGAUGUAUCUUCAGAUUCUGUGGUGUGGAUUUUCAUGCACCUUACAAACUUCCCUACAAGGAGUUGCUCAAUGAACUACAGAAAUUUUUGGAAACUGAAAAAGAGGAAUUCAUUUUGGAUAUUCCAAACCCACCUCCCAAGAAAAUUCGACUGCAAGAACUAGAAGAUGGAAUUGAUGGGAUUGAUAAUCUGAGUCAAAAUGGAGAGGGGAGGGUCUCUGUUAUGGAAGACGGUAGCAUUGCUUCUAAGAACUCAAAUUUAAAUGUGUGCAAUGUAUGUCUAGGAAUUCUUCAAGAAUUCUGUGAAAAAGAGUUCAUUAAAAAGGUGUGCCAAAAAGUUGAGGCCUCUGGUUUUGAAUUUACCAACUUGGUAUUUUCAGUCUCCUUCCCACCACAGCUAUCUGUAAGAGAGCACGCUGCAUGGUUGCUGGUAAAACAGGAAAUGGGAAAGCAGAAUCUGUCGCUGGGAAGAAAUGAUAUAGUUCAGCUAAAAGAAGCCUACAAGUGGAUAACUCAUCCCCUGUUUUCAGAGGAACUGGGUGUUCCCAUUGAUGGAAAGAGCUUGUUUGAAGUGAGUGUGAUCUUUGCUCACCCAGAAACAGUUGAGGAUUGCCACUUCCUACGUGCGAUAUGCCCUGAUUGCUUCAAGCCAGCCAAAAACAAACAGUCAGUGUUCACUAGAAUGGCAGUUAUGAAAGCGUUGAAUAAGAUAAAAGAAGAGGAUUUCCGCAAGCAGUUUCCUUGUCCUCCAAACUCACCAAAGGCUGUAUGCACUGUUCUUGAAAUUGAGUGUGCUCAUGGUGCUGUUUUUGUGGCUGGGAGGUAUAAUAAAUAUUCCAGGAAUCUACCACAAACUCCUUGGAUAAUUGAUGGAGAAAGGAAGCUGGAAUCUUCCGUGGAAGAAUUAAUUUCAGAUCAUCUUUUGGCAGUAUUCAAAGCCGAGAGUUUUAAUUUUUCCUCCUCUGGAAGAGAAGAUGUAGAUGUGAGAACAUUAGGAAAUGGAAGGCCCUUUGCAAUUGAGCUGGUGAAUCCUCAUAGAGUACAUUUCACUUCACAAGAAAUUAAGGAACUUCAGCAGAAAAUUAAUAAUUCAUCUAACAAAAUCCAAGUCCGUGACUUGCAGCUUGUCACAAGAGAGGCAAUAGGACAUAUGAAAGAAGGUGAAGAAGAAAAGACCAAAUCUUAUAGUGCCUUAAUAUGGACAAAUAAAGCCAUACAGAAGAAAGACAUUGCAUUCCUAAAUGACAUAAAGGACUUAAAGAUUGACCAGAAAACGCCCCUCCGAGUUCUGCAUCGGAGGCCCCUGGCUGUGAGAACUCGCAUCAUUCACUCCAUGGAGACGCGCUAUGUGGAUGAACAUCAUUUCCACCUCUACCUGAAGACUCAAGCUGGCACCUACAUUAAAGAGUUUGUACACGGAGACUUUGGGAGAACCAAGCCGAACAUUGGCUCUCUAAUGAAUAUGACCGCAGACAUUCUUGAGCUGGAUGUUGAGGUUACAAAUAACACUAUAUGUGUAUAAACUGCUUGAGAAUUUGUUAAAUGCAAGAUGGGAAGUUGAAAAUGAUCUGAAGAGUAAAAGUUGCUGAGACUUCUGAGGGAGAGUUGGUCUUGCUCCCUGAAUUUGUUUGCUAUUUUACCCAUAAAUAACAUUUACAAAAUUCAGAGGUACUCUAGUCCCUUAUCGUUCAAAGGUACAGUUGAUAACUGGCUGAGAACCAAAUACUCUAUGAAUUCAGAAACAGACCUUGGGCCCAAGAAUCUCAAGGCCUCAUAUGGAUUUUAGAGUGUGUUGAAUUGUGGCAUUUAAGGACUGUUCUUCAAAUGCAGUUUCUUCUGUUGCGUUAUAUUAAAACUAUUAAGUUUAUAAGCAUUAUCAGCAAAUGCUUACUGGAGCAGUAAUAUGUUUUAAUGUCUUGUUUCUUCCUUCUAGUCUGUAGAUGUUGACUGGCCCCCUGCUCUGGAUGACUAGCUUUCAAACUUGGAAACACAGAGUAGGGUUUUCAUGGCACGAUGUGGACAUCCAUUCAGCACUGUAUAAUGGCUCUUUAAUCACCAUAACAGUGUCUUGGAAACCAUUUGGAUCAUGUUGAUCUAUGUAUUUUAAAAUUUGUUGUAACAUCUCAGGAUCUAUAUAUGUGUACAUUUUGUGUUAAAUGUUCUAAGGAUGUCUUAUGAUUUUUCUUGUUCCUUUUCCAACCCCCACAAGCCAAACUAUGAAUAAUGAAAUGAUUCUCUUAAUUACUCCAUUUAGAGAAGUACACAAAUAGGAUACAUUCUGAUAAUCUGAGAAGCCGUAAUUUCUUUCAGCACAAUUUCCCUGCACAAGACAUACCACCUUCAAAAUCAUGUUCUAAAUUUGUUUGAAUGAACUUUAUAAAAGAUGUAGAUUUACAUAAAGUGCAGUAUCCUAUAAUAUCCCAAGAUAUCAAACAUAAAUCUGACAUCAUUAAUAUUUUUCCCAGUAAACUUCAAGCAAGCUAUUACCAACAGAAGUACUCUUUGGUACAAUCUGUGACAAAUCUUAAUGACUUCAAGUUACUAUUUUGACAACCUAAAAAUAUCAAUACGUUUCCUGGGGAGGGAAAGUGAAACCUUAGGAACUGAGGUAUACCCUGGUAAGAGACUUGCAUAAAUCUUUUAAAUAAGGAGACACAAGUGCCUUCAGUAAUUUCAAACCCAGGGAUAAGAUUUUGAAAAAUUAAGAUUGGUAAACAAUCUGCUAUUAUUCCAGAGUGCUUCAAUCUAUUAUACAAUUUCAAACAUGUGCAUCGUGUGGAUAGGAUUUCAUCAUUUCCAUUUUAUAAAUAUGAAGACCAAAGAAUGAAAGUUAAAAAUGAUUUGUCUAAAAUUAUUUGUUUCUUCCUUAUCAGGGGCUAAAACUGAAGUUUACUGGUCUUUAAGGUCCUUUCUUAAUACACCUUGUUAUUGAACACCCAAUGUGUGAAGGAGGCACCUGAGAAUGUCAUUUAAAUGCACUAACCAUGAGAAAUGACUUUUGGAAUUUAGAUACCAAAUCAAAGAGCUUACCAAAAAUAUAGCCCAAGCAUAUUUCAUAUGAUCUCAUAUGGUGACCAUUUGUUAGUAAGUUGGUACUAUGAAGAGAGAACAGGAAAUAAUCCAAACCUAAAGAAAAUGGAUGGGUCAUUAAGGGAACAAUUCAGCAAUCUCAUUAAAAUUUGAGAUUUAAGUAUAAUUUAUCACCCUGAUUCAACUAUCUGAGCUUAUUUAAAACAUAUGUGACUUGGAUGGUAUUGGAUUAUUGUUUUCCAUCUCUUCAUUAAACAUACUUCAUAGAUACCAAGAUGUAUUAUUACUCAUUUUAGAAAUCAGGAAAAUUAUUUAAUUGACAUGAAGAUUCAUAUAUGAAUGAAUACUAGCAAAAACUUUUUUCACUAUUAUUUUCAAUGCCAGAAAAUGAGAAAGGGAUAAUGCAAAUAAACUUCUGAUAAAUAGGCAAGAAAUUUUGUGUGAGUGUUUCUCCAUUUCUGGGGAGGUUUUGCUACAAAAGAUUUAAAUAAUUUGGGAUCUUAACAGAAUCUCUUAACAGAAGAUCUCUAUUUCUUAAAUAUCUAUUCCUGACAUGCAGAGUUUUAAGCAAAAACAUUAGCUGUCUGUACUUUAUUUAUUCCAUAUGUUCAUAUAU